AUGAAAAUACCCGAGUUUGAUUUUCCUUCAGACACUCGGGUCACUCCUAUGAGGUACUUGGGUUAUUCUCCUCUGAUAGCAUGCUGUAUAGAGGACCUUCUGCCCUGCAGAUUUAACAGAAGUCUUCGUCAUGCAGGACAUUUGAGGUCCUUCUACAUUGGCAUGGACGUGUACCAGAAAGCCUAUCAGACAAGUGGUGUUAACGAACAAGGUUUCCCAAAUAAAUUAGUCGCUUUCGGGGAUGUACUUCUUUGGAACGGUUUGGCAAACGGAUUUUUACCAGGAGCGAUUAUACACGAGGCUCGUUAUUUGAUUUCGAGAUAUUUGAGACUCCGUUGGGCACCUGGAAUUUUAUGCCUGGCAAUGAUUCCAAUGAUGAUUUCUCCUAUUGAUACAGCCACUCAACUGUUUAUGAAUGUUACCUAUAGGAAUUUAUUGGGGACAACUUAUUGA